UCUCAAAUAAAUGAUUAGUAAAGCCACGUUUGCACCGUGACAUAAGCGCUCGUGCCAUCCCCCCUGGGGGAUAAGCGCCGGCUCUAGCAGCAGGGCCAGGUGGUUUUGGGGAAAUCGCUCAAAAAGAAGCAGCGAACAGUGCGUAACGCUCUCGCAGCUCACAUGUAUCGGCCACGGUUCUAGCAGUACAAAAUCUAAGCGCUCUUUAGCUCUCUUAAGACUCCGCAACACCUUUCUGGCGAUUAUUUUUACUAUUUCAGUGAUCAACGGACUAAGCGACAACGGAAAUGGGCAAAAAACAAAGCAAGCUGGAUCCAAACCUUAUGAGUGAUCUUAUAAGAAGAACUAACUUUGACGAAAAAGAGCUCAAGUCGUGGUAUAAGGGAUUCCUCAAGGACUGCCCGAGUGGCUACCUAACCGAGGAUCAAUUUAUUUCCAUGUAUAAAAAGGUUUUUCGCCAGGGAGACGCCACCAAGCUUGCAGCUUGUGUAUUCAGAAGAUUUGACGUUAAUCGUGACGGGAAAAUCGAUUUCAGAGAGUUCAUGUGUUCGCUCUCCGUAUCCACACGCGGCACGAUGGAACAGAAGUUGCGGUGGGCCUUUAGUAUCUAUGAUGUCAACGGAGAUGGUUUUAUCACCAAGCAAGAGAUGUUUAGAAUCGUAGACGCACUUUACCGGACAGCUGGAGAUAAUCCAGACACCAGUCCCGGACUGAUUUCCCAAUGGGAUGAGCUAACACCGGAGGAGCGAACCCUCAAGGUCUUUAGGAACUUUGAUACAGACCGAGACGGUGUACUCUCAUUAACAGAGUUCUUAGAGGGCGCGAAAAGGGAUAAAACUAUAGCCCUCAUGCUGGGCACUACAGAUGACGACGACAUGGACUAUUAGGGGAGAAGACUUGGGGAGAGAGGUGUUGCUCGCAUUUGAGGACUCGUAGUUGGCGCGGCUUCGAACUCUGGUGGAAGAAGACGAGGAAGAGCAUAAAAAUCCACUUGUUCCCAUUCUUCUUUUAAAAUGGCCCGAUAAGCGAAGGAACAUGGAGGUCGCUAGAUUCCUGGCAAGUUUUGGCUUGUGCUAAGGCUUCUGUGCAGGCAUCUCAAUUUUAAAAAAGUUUUGCUAGCCCCUUCCGAAUGAGAUGACUGCAAAGAGGCAAGGCUUUUUCAAGCUUUUUAAAUCACGAUUAGGCUACCAAAAGAGAGGUUACUAGAUUAUGGUAUGUGUAGUCUCAUUAGUGCAUUCAAUAGCAUAGCGGAAUAACAUAACGGACGAUCAGACUUUUAAGCCAAACGUUUGAUAGCUCACUUUGUAUAUAAUUUGUAAAGGUAACAGCCGCAAGGCAUCCGAAGCAGCUAAUAGGAACCAGUCAAUAGGGAUUAAUUGCACAUCCUUGAUAUCAUAAAAAAGGCUAAGAUUUGGAGAUGGAAGGCUUCAAUUGGAAAAGGCUGCUUUUUGACAGUCAAGAGGAACGAGUGCGUCCCCAAAUCCCAACCUAGCUACGCACCUGUUGUAUAUCGUGGUAGUGAAGACCUAUGAUGAUAAAUGAUUACCGCCCCCCCCCCCCCCGUCAAUCAAGUAAUGCCUAAGGUCCUAAAGCUCACCAUCACUGAACAAAGUCUUCUGCAAUAUGUGUUGACAGUAUCUUAUACCAAAGGUAUACAAAAGAUAUUAAGUGUGAAACUGUGGGUUCAAUUUUGUAGCCUCACAAGGGACUGAUGGAAAAAACAAAUAGUUAUUGAUUGGUGAAUAAUUUGUUUGUCAAGACAAUUCUUUAAGGUUAGGGGGUGUUGAUUAAGAACUUGGGUAUUAAAGGCACUGUUUGUAAGGGGAAAUUUUCCCGUUUUCGAGAACUACCAGAACUGCUCAUCAGCCAAGUCCGUGUGUUCGGGACUGCUCGGGACUCCAAAUCUUACGUAUAAAAAUAGCACGUGAUGGUCAAUAAAACCCAACAAUCAAAACCACCUCAAAAGUUUAGUUUAUCACGCGCUUCUUACCAAACGAGACAAGACUCUUGAAUUCUAGGCGGUUAGGAGACUGUGAAUUAAAAAAAAGGCAAAAAGGGGGGGAGCUUUUUAUUGUGUCAUUAGUCCCCCUCCCCCUGACAUGAUCAUCUAUGCUUGUGCAGCUAACCUGCCGCCUGUGUUUAAAGUCUCGCCUCUGUCAGCCGCCAUGUUGUCAUCCUGACAAAAUACCAAGUGCGAGAAAGCAUCCAUCGGCUGAUAAAACCUUGUUUUUUAGAUAUUUCGAGAUUUAUUUAUCUUCCAAUUUUUGAUAAAAACAAUUAUAAAGUGUUGCUGACAAGGGUUUUUAAAAGACUUGUUAGAUAUGGAUAUAUGGUAAGAAGAAUAACUAAAAAUGUAGUGUUGUCUAGGUAACUAGAAAUAGAUAAUCAUAUAACAUGGCUUUAUACUUUAUCAAUUUAAAAUUGUAGUUAAUUUUAUCAGCUAAAAUAAGUGAACAGUCUUUCAUCUUAUUUCAAUUUUGUAAGCAUACUGUAAAAUAUCUGACAAUCUUUCCAUCAUAAAUAAACAACUUAAAACCCCUAAA